CUUUCUUCUCACCCUCCAAUUAAUUUCUCUUUUCUUUCUCUCCCUACCACAGCCUAUGCGAUUAGUGCAUAUGGUUAUGGUGUAAGAGAAGAAAAGAACAUGACGAACUAAACCUCCAUUUCCUAACAAGAACAGGGAACAGGGAAUUGUAUAUAUACAUAUCCAUAUAUAUAUAUAUAGAUAGAUAGAUAGAUAGAUAGAUAGAUAUCAUGGCAAUGUCUGAUCAAUGUAAUGCGACAGUCCUGCUUCCAGACCUUGAUUGGUGUAUUAGAAAAAGAACAACAAAUUAUAUGAUCAUUUGUUAUAACAAGACAAUACACCAUCAACAAGGGAUGUGGCAGAUUGAAAAUCCCACCGAUCAAUCACUCCCUUUGUUCGACUUGCAAUUGUCUCUUAUUCUUUCUCUCUGUUUACUUCUCAUGUUUGCCUUCAAAGCCUUAGGUUUACCUCGUAUUUCUGCUGAGAUGUUUGGUGGUUUUAUUCUAGGUCCAUCUCUAUUAGGGAAAAAAAGAUUUUUCUUCCCUUUCAAAAGCUUGUUGACAUUGGAGACAAUUGGAAACUUAAGCCUGAUUUAUUACCUAUUUCUUGUGGGAUUAGAGGUUGAUUUGAAACCGGUACUGCGAGCUGGUAAAAAGCCUCUAAGUAUAGCCUUAAUUGGUAUCCUCAUUCCAAUGCCAAUUGGUUAUGCCUUACAUUCCAUGCUUAAUAUGAAUGAAUAUGGUUUUGACGACGACGACAUUUACAGUAAACGUAUCCGUUAUGGUCCUCUGUUUUGGGGUGUUGCAUUGGCCACCACAAACUUCCCUGAUCUGGCUUGGAUUCUUUCAGACAUUAAGCUCCUCCAUGUCGAAGUUGGACGAGUGGCCCUAUCUUCCGCUAUUAUCACAGACCUUCUCUCUUGGCUUCUUCUCGUGCUAUCGACAGCCAUUGCCGGUGAAACCACAACUUUUACUUUAGUUUACUCCAUUAUCUUUGUGGGUUUUUGUUUGCUUGUCCUACGUCCACUUCUUGCAUGGCUCAUCUCACGUGACGAACGCGAAGACCAAAGCGGCGGCGGCCGUAGCUACGAUGAAUUGCAUUUGUAUUAUCUUUUAGCAGCGGUUCCAUUCUUUGGAUUUAUUACGGAUUCAAUUGGUUGCCAAUCCAUGCUUGGGGCUUUUAUGUUGGGAGUCAUUAUGCCUAAGGGAGUGCUCAAGAAAACACUCAUGGAGAAAGUUGAAGACUUUGUUUGUGGGCUUAUGAUGCCCCUUUUCUUCCUGAUUAUUGGACUUAGAACCAAUAUUCACACCCUUUUCGGAGGAGAUCCUGGUUUUGCAACCAUUGUGGUGAUUAUCUUCUUAGCUUUUGGUGCUAAGGUUUUGAGCACUUUCCUUGCUGCUGUAUUCCUCAACAACAUGUCAAGUCGAGAUGGUCUUGCUCUUGGAUUUCUCAUGAAUACCAAAGGCUUAGUGUCACUAAUUAUUAUCAACACAGCUCGAGACCUAAAGGCAUUGACCAAUCAAAGCUUUUCAGCGAUGAUCCUUGCAUUUUGGGUAAUGACAACAGCGGUUAAUCCCAUUCUAUCUAAAACUUACAAACCUAUUAAGAAUUUGAGCAAAUACAAGCGCAUAACCAUCGACGGCUUGAAAGAAGACUCGGAGUUUCGAAUCCUUACAUGCAUCCACAACCCGCGCAACAUAAGCAGCUUCGUUAACCUCCUGGAGGCUUCGAACCCGACAAAACAAUCCCCAAUCUGUACCAUUGCUGUUCAUCUUGUUGAGAACACCGGCCGUGCUUCAGCCAUGCUGAUUUUGAAUGAUGCAUGCAAAAUCAGUGAGGAAGAAAUCAAUGGCUUGCCACCAAUCCAUUUCAUGAACUCCUUCGAAAAGUUGGAGGCAAGAAACAAAGCCAUCACUGUACAACAACUCAGCGCGGUUUCCUCUUACUCCACCGUCCAUAAAGACAUUUGCAGCCUUGCAGAGGACAAAAAAGUCUCUCUCAUAGUUGUCCCCUUUCACAAGCAAUCUACUAAUGCUGAAACAAUUUUAGCUCCUGGAGAGAAAAAAGGUUACUCGCCUUUCAGAGAUGUCAACAGGAAUGUGAUGAACAAUGCACAAUGCUCGGUUGCUAUCUUUGUCGACCGUGGCCUCAGUUCCUUAGUGCACAAGCAUCCCGUGGUCGAUGGUGAAGAUGAUGACAAACACAGGGUUCAGCGCCAUUACUACAUGUUCUUCAUCGGCGGGCCAGAUGACCAUGAGGCAUUGGCAUAUGCUUGGAGGAUGUCUAAGGAUCCUAGGGCCAGCUUAAGUGUAAUCAGAUUCGUACCAAGUGAAUUAGGUGGCGUUGAUCAUAAUCAUCAAAAUUUGCAUGACAAGAUCUCAAUUGACAACCAAAAGGAUGCUGAUGAUGAAUUUAUCAAGCAGUUCAAGUUUGAAUCGAGGAAUUCCCCUAAUAUACAAUUCUUGGAGAAAGUGGUUGAUAAAUCCGACGAUGUGAUGAAAGUGAUAGGGAAUUUGGAAGAUAAAUGUGACAUUUUCUUUGUGGGAAGAGGGAGAGGUACAUUGUCACCACUCAUGAAGGUACUCUCAGAUUGGAUGGAGUUCCCGGAGUUAGGACCUUUGGGAGAUUUUUUGGUUUCAUCGAGCUUCAUUCACUACGCUUCGGUUCUUAUAAUUCAACAAGGUGAUACAUCCAUUGAAGAUGAAGAGGAAGCAUGUGAUCAAGGACAACUGAAGGAGCAUGCUGCUGGGCGUAUGACAUUGUCAGUUCCAGAGGUAGAAACACCUGAAUUCGCACCAUUUGUUCAUCGUAGAGGCAGAAGUAUGAGAAUUCAUGACCAAUGAACAUUUUUGAGUGAUUUCAAAUGGGGUCUAAUUAUAAUUAGCUAUUACAUGACUACAAAUUUUGGAAUACAAUGUUGGUUUUAUAUGGAAGAAAACUAAUAUGUACUUGAUUAUUAACCAUAGAGUUUAUCACA